AGAAAGUUUGCCUUACAAGUCGAGAGUUGAUUCCACAUUCUAUUCCCACAAAUUCAUAAUAAUUUUUUUUCCCCUAUUUAGUCGAAUUAAUCUCCACCCCCAAAAUAUAAUCUUCCAAACAAGCGCGCCGUCGGGACACUUGAGAGUUGAGAUUUGAGGUGCGCCUGCGCUUGCUUACGUCAUCGGAUUUCUUUUGCCUCCGAAGUCCAAACUGCUGCAAUAUGAACGCGCUCGCGCCCCGGCCCCAAGCGGAAAUUCGAACCUCGAAGAUUGGAGAAGGAGAAUUGCGCUCUGCAAGCCUUCGAUGCUCGCUCGAUUUCCAUUUCAGAUUCUAAUCUCAACGGCACCGAGGAGCCAUAAGAGACCAUGCUCCUCCUCCAUCACCAAGUCGAUGGCGUCUGAUAAAAUCGCCGCUCCUCCGCAGAGAAGGCGAACCCUGUCGCCUCUCGAAGUCCGAUUGUCUCUCGUCCUGGCUUUGGCCUCGCAGACCUCCUCUCUCUCCCAGCGGCUUCUGGUGGAUUUGGCGAGUGAUACUGCGAAAUACGUGUUCCCGCGGAGGUUUGAAAGUCGUAAUUUAGAGGAAGCUUUGAUGUCAGUUCCGGAUUUGGAAACUGUGAAAUUCAAAGUCUUGAGUCGGAAGGAUCAGUACGAGAUAAGAGAAGUUGAGCCCUACUUUAUCGCAGAGACUAUGAUGCCUGGCAAGAAGGGAUUUGAUUUUAAUGGUGCAUCUCAAUCCUUCAAUGUUUUAGCUGAAUACCUAUUUGGGAAGAAUACAGUAAAGGAGAAGAUGGAGAUGACUACACCUGUUUUUACUCGGAAGACUCGCGCUGAUGGGGAGAAAAUGGAAAUGACAACACCUGUGAUGACAAAGAGGGUUAAAGAUCUGGAUAAGUGGCAGAUGUCUUUUGUUAUGCCCUCAAAGUAUGGUGCCAACUUGCCCUUGCCUAAAGAUCCAUCAGUAAGAAUCAAAGAGGUGCCAAGUAAAAUUAUGGCAGUUGUUGCAUUUUCAGGUUUUGUUACAGAUGAAGAUGUUGAACACUGGGAAUCAAGAUUACGUGAUGCUCUAAAUAGUGAUGGAAUGUUUCGAGUAAAGGAGGGUACAUCAGUGGAGGUUGCACAGUACAAUCCACCAUUUACACUUCCAUUUACACGUCGCAAUGAGAUUGCCCUGGAAGUUGAAAGGAAGCCAGAAUACUCCUGACUAUAACAAGUAGCGAUUUUAGUGUAUUGGAAUACUAAAGUUACAGUCUUUCUACUGCAAAAAGCAUUGAAAGCUUUGUGAUGCAUGUCAGCCCUGUAAUGUACAAUUAUGUAAUAUUUUAUGUAAAUUCCUUGCGGUUGAUUAUAUAUUGUUGAAUAACUUUGAAUA